CUUAAUGUCGGCACUGCUGAGUAUUUCGACACCGAUGCUAUGGUUACCUUUAUUACGAUCUUACAGGUGAAUCUAGUGAUGUCCAUCCUGCUGUACGUGAUGUUCCUCGCGUACCUCUACGGUAUACAGGCAACCACCAUGCAGAAACAGCAGCGGCCCACUCAGGACCCAAUCAACACGCUCAUCAUAAAACUGCUACAAGCUGACAUCAGUCACAGUCGACAGAAGCAAGAAGAGGGUCCAGAGAUGCUCCAGCCGUUCAGCCCUGUCAUCUCUGACAACAUCGAUGACCUUGUGCAGAGACAGAGCUCCGUCUACCAACCAGUGAUGGACAUCUCAUCAGAGCUUUUGAAACAGCAAAAGCGUUACAACUCACCACGGGUUCUGCUUAGCGAUAGGCUGCCCUUGCAGCCACCACCCCUUUACCUCAUUGAUGACUAUGUUGGCAACUCGGACUCGGCCAAUAAGACACGCAAGAAGCGCUAUGCUGAGCACAAGAGCUACCGAGGGGAAUAUUCAGUAUGUGAUAGCGAGAGCAAAUGGGUGACAGAUAAAACCACUGCAGUGGACAUCCGGGGACAUCAGGUGACUGUGUUGGGGAUGAUAACCACAGGACAGCAAAGGGUCAAGCAGUACUUUUACGAGACCCGUUGUCGGACUGCCAAGCCCUUCAAGAGCGGCUGCCGAGGUAUCGAUGACAAGCACUGGAAUUCCCAGUGUAAGACAACACAGACAUACGUGCGUGCUCUCACCCAGGACAAAUCAGCCGUGGGGUGGCGCUGGAUCAGGAUAGACACGUCGUGUGUAUGUGCACUCUCCCGCAAACAUCGCAGGACAUAG